GUGUAUAUGCAUCCCCGAAAAUGCAGUUCCAGCCCUCCGAUCGGAUCAGACGGCGGAGAGCACGCAUCACCAGCUCAAAACCCUACAGCUAAAAUAUACCUGCUGCUCGCCUUGACACGCAUCGCAUAUUCGCCGCCGCCGCGCCCUCCCCUCCGUCGCUCGCCUCACGCCUCCGCCAUGGCCCCGAAGAAGGAGAAGGCCCCGCCGCCGUCGUCCAAGCCGGCCAAGUCCGGAGGCGGGAAGCAGAAGAAGAAGAAGUGGAGCAAGGGUAAGCAGAAGGAGAAGGUCAACAACUCGGUGCUCUUCGACCAGGCCACCUACGACAAGUUGGUCUCCGAGGUGCCCAAGUACAAGCAGAUCACCCCAUCCGUCCUCUCCGAGCGUCUCAGGAUUAAUGGAUCCUUGGCACGGAGGGCCAUUAAGGAUCUGAUGGCAAGGGGGCUCAUAAGGAUGGUCUCUGUUCAUUCCAGCCAGCAGAUAUACACCAGGGCAACCAACACAUGAGGGAUGUUUUGCAUCUUGUCGACGUUGACUUGGUUUUGCUAUUAUAUAUCAAGUUUAUUUCAAUCAUGGCUCAGUCAAUCUUACUGUUGUGUUGAAUGUUGAAUAUUUUUGAAGUUAUCGUACUAUUUUAAGCUCAAGUUACCAUCCAAAUAUUUAUCUUGAUGAGGAAUAUCAACCUCUCUGCUCUCCUA